AUGGAACGGCUAUCGGUUGAUUACGGCAAGAAAAGUAAGCUGGAAUUCUGCAUCUACCCAGCACCGCAGGUUUCCACAUCGAUGGUUGAGCCGUAUAAUUCCAUUCUCACCACUCAUACCACUCUUGAGCAUUCGGACUGUUCCUUCAUGGUGGACAACGAAGCCAUUUAUGACAUAUGCAGACGAAAUUUGGAUCUUGCUCGUCCCACCUACACAAAUUUGAAUCGUCUCAUCGCUCAGAGAUUAAGUUUUCGAGUAAGUGAACAACACAUCUUACAGGUCGGCGACAUCACGCAGCAAUGUUUCGAGCCUGGAGCCCAAAUGGUGAAGUGCGAUCCUCGACGAGGAAAGUACAUGGUUGGCAUUAACUACCAGCCACCAACGGUGGUACCAGGAGCCGAUCUCGCCAAGCUGCACAGAGCAGUGUGCAUGCUUUCCAACACUACCGCCAUUGCUGAAGCUUGGGCAAGACUCGAUCACAAAUUUGACCUGAUGUAUGCGAAGAGAGCCUUUGUGCACUGGUAG